AUGGAUUCCACUCCUCCUCGUGCCCGCAUAGAUCAGUUCUUUUCCGUGAGAAAGAAGAGAAAGAUUGGGUCACCUGCUUCAAAGUCAUCUGGGAGACAAGAAAAAGAAGCCAGAAAGCAAAAUGAAGGAUCGCCUACUGCGAAAGGUUCUUUGGAAAGCUACCUCGGGGCUUCAAAGGAUGGUAAUUCUCAUGCCAAAUCACCGGACGCAACUUGUGAUCAGAAGACUAGGCAGGUUCAUGUCAAGAGAAAUUUGACUUUGGAAAGCGGGUUAUCAUCAAAAGAUGAAAAAGGGCGGCAGCAAAGUUCUGAAGCUUCUGGAGUUCAUCAGAUAUCACAACAUGAACCAUUGUGUGAUAUUCAGAAGGAUUCUUCCAUAGCUGGUACAGUUGAGCCGGAUUCUGAACUUAAGGAUUUUGCUACUGGCUUCUUAUCAUUAUAUUGCAGCGAGCUAAAGAGCAGUGCAACUUUGCCAUCAGAAACAAAGGAAGUUAUGAAUAAAACAUAUAGUACCUCGUCUGUGCUUCAGCUAGAAGAGAAAGCACCCAAAGGACGGUGUUGUUCGGAUGAUGGAUAUCAAUCAAAAAUUCCGAGUGCAUCCAUUUCCUCUCCCAAAGUCAUCCAUUCUAAAAUGGUCGACGAGUCUCUGGAUAUUGAUUCUAAUUGCCUGCAAAAGGUUACGAUGGGCAACAAUCAUACUGAAACACUGGCCGGUUUGAGAAAAUGCAGCUAUGCAUCUAAUCUAUGUGCAGCUGAAUCCAAAACGCCCGGUGCUUUCUCUAUUAAACUUGGAGCUCGAGAAACACCUCAGUCAACAAGGGGAAGCUCCUCGUUUUCUCCUGGGGAUACAUUUUGGAAUGAAGCAAUUCUAGUUGCUGAUGGUUUAUUAGGGGAAAAUGGUGGUUUUGUAUCUCGUAUUGAAAAUCAUAAAGCCAUGAAGGUUGAUUAUAGUAAUUGUUCAAAUAAUGUAAAUAAGGAAGGUAAAUCCAAUCUGUUUAGCAGUUCUCUGGAUGGUGUUAAUAAUACAGUUUGUGGUGUUGACAAAAAUUUGGAGAAAGAAGUGUCACCAUUACCUGUGAAGCAUUUUGACUUCAGUCUUGAGACAAAAUAUUCUGACAUGGGGACGUCAGCUAAUGUUAAUAAUACUAAUCCUGUCAUUUUGUCGAGGACUGAUAAUACUCAGAAUUUUAGUUGCAUGGAAAGGUGUCCCAAAGAUCAAAUAGCUGAAGUUCCUUUGAUUGCUCAAGAAACAAUCCUUGGACAUGCAAAUAUAUUAAGAAGUGAGGAGCAUCUUAAUCAAAGUAGCCACCAUCUUACAACUAAUACACCGGACAGAGGGUAUGGUCAAAUUGCUGCAAAUCACAAAUCUAAAAGCGAUGGCACUCCUGCAAGUUCUUCAGUCAAAGAUUGUUUGCAACUCACUACUUGGCUUCCUCUUGAAAUAUGCAAAAUAUACAACAAAAAGGGAAUAUCAAAACUGUAUCCUUGGCAGGUUGAAUGCCUUCAGGUGGAAGGUGUCUUGCAUACACGAAAUCUAGUUUACUGUGCAUCUACGAGUGCUGGUAAAAGUUUUGUUGCUGAGAUAUUGAUGCUGAGGAGAGUUUUAGCUACUGGAAAAAUUGCACUACUCGUACUUCCAUAUGUAUCUAUCUGUGCCGAAAAGGCCGAACACCUCGAAGUUCUGUUAGAACCUGUCGGCAGGCAUGUACGUAGUUUUUAUGGGAAUCAAGGUGGUGGCACUCUUCCCAAAGACACAUCAGUGGCUGUCUGUACCAUUGAAAAAGCAAAUUCUUUGAUUAACAGGCUACUUGAAGAGGGACGUUUGUCCGAACUUGGAACCAUUGUAAUUGAUGAGCUGCACAUGGUUGGUGAUCAGAGUAGGGGUUAUCUUUUGGAACUCAUGUUGACAAAGCUUCGUUAUGCAGCUGGUGAAGGCAAUGUUGACUCUCCUGGUGGAGAAAGUUCAGGGACGAGUAGUGGGAGAUCUGAUCCUGCUCGUGGUCUCCAAAUUAUUGGCAUGAGUGCGACGCUACCAAAUGUUGCUGCAGUUGCUGACUGGCUUCAAGCAGCUCUUUAUGAGACUAAUUUUCGGCCCGUUCCGUUGGAAGAAUAUAUCAAACUUGGUAGCACAAUUUACAAUAAAGAAAUGGAAAUCGUGAGGACAAUCCCUAAAGCAGCUGACCUUGGUGGUAAAGAUCCAGAUCAUAUAGUUGAACUCUGCAAUGAGGUUGUCCAAGAAGGUCACUCUGUUCUGAUAUUCUGUUCCAGUCGGAAAGGGUGUGAAUCGACUGCUAAGCAUAUUGCAAAGUAUCUCAAGAGAUUUUCUGUUUGCCCUCGAAAUGAGAAAGGGGACUCCUUUGAUGUUGUUUCUGCCAUGGAUUCAUUGCGAAGGUCCCCUGUUGGUUUGGACCCUAUACUAGAAGAGACUCUUCCUUCUGGAGUUGCCUACCAUCAUGCUGGGCUCACAGUCGAGGAGCGGGAGACUGUUGAAACAUGUUACCGCAAAGGACUUGUGCGUGUCUUGACUGCUACAUCAACCCUGGCUGCUGGGGUUAAUCUGCCUGCAAGGAGAGUGAUCUUCAGACAACCACGCAUUGGUCGUGAAUUUAUAGAUGGGACAAGAUACAAACAGAUGGCUGGACGGGCUGGUAGAACUGGCAUAGACACCAAGGGAGAGAGUGUGAUGAUUUGCAGGCCAGAGGAAGCCAAGAAAAUACUGGCGCUUCUAACUGACAGUUGUCCUCCAUUACAUUCUUGCUUGUCAGAAGACAGGAAUGGUAUGACCCAUGCAAUACUCGAGGUAGUUGCUGGAGGAAUUGUUCAAACAGCUAAUGACAUUCAUCGAUAUGUGAGAUGUACCCUUCUGAAUUCUACAAAACCCUUUGAAGAUGUUGUGAGGUCAGCUCAAGAUUCGCUGAAAUGGUUAUGUCAUAAUAAGUUCCUAGAAUGGAGUGACGCAACUAAGUUAUAUACCUCUACUCCCCUUGGUCGUGCGUCUUUCGGCAGUUCUCUGUGUCCAGAGGAAUCACUUAUUGUGCUGGAUGAUCUCAUAAGGGCAAGAGAAGGUUUUGUCUUAGCUUCAGAUUUGCAUUUGGUGUAUUUGGUAACUCCAAUUAAUGUUGAUGUGGAACCAGACUGGGAAUUAUAUUAUGAGAGAUACAUGCAGUUAUCUACUCUAGACCAGUCUGUUGGCAAUCGAGUUGGAGUGCAAGAACCCUUUCUGAUGCGGAUGGCCCAUGGUGCCCCUCUUCGAGGUUUGCGCAGAUCAAGGGAUCAUGUCAAAGGCUUUCAGGGGAAACAAGAUCACCGACAUGGUACAUCAACCCAUGGCAUGCUAUCAGAUGAACAAAUGCUUAGAGUUUGUAAGCGGUUCUAUGUUGCUCUUAUCCUGUCACGACUUGUGCAGGAAAUACCAGUGGGUGAAGUAUGCGAAGGUUUUAAAGUUGCUAGAGGAAUGGUUCAGGCCUUGCAAGAAAAUGCUGGAAGGUUUGCAUCUAUGGUUUCUGUAUUCUGUGAGAGGAUUGGUUGGCACGAUCUUGAAGUUCUAGUCGCCAAAUUUCAAAACCGUGUUUCUUUUGGAGUUAGAGCAGAGAUUGUAGAACUUACUACCAUUCCUUAUAUUAAGGCUUCACGAGCUAGAGCACUUUAUAAGGCUGGUUUACGAACACCUCAAGCUAUUGCUGAAGCAUCAAUUCCUGAAAUUGUCAAGGCACUUUUUGAAUCUUCUUCAUGGAAUGCACAUGAGGCACAAAGGAAAAUUCAAAUGGGAGUUGCCAAGAAAAUAAAAAACGGCGCUCGGAAAAUUGUGCUUGAAAAAGCUGAAGAGGCAAGAGUUGCUGCAUUCUCGGCGUUCAAAUCUCUGGGGCUAGACACUACUCAGUUCUCUCGUCCAUUAUUACCUGUUGCUACUGGAAAUGGCCUUAAAAAAGAGUCAGCAUCAUCCUCAGGGGAGGAAUCUAUAAGUAGCUAUGGUCUUCUUCCGCAGUCUAAGCAUAUGGUGGAUGCACCCAUGUCUGGGGACAGGGGUGAAAAUAUUAGCGUAAUCCCAAACACUGACGAAGACAAACCUGUAAAAACUCUUGCACCUAACUUUGUCUCUUCAAUAAAGGUAAUGCCAGCUGAAACUGCAAAGAGCGAGACUCCACAGGAAAUCCUUGUUUCAGUUGAAGAAUGUCCUAAUACCCUGAAUCACGAACCAAUUCUUACCAACAAUUACACUAGUCAUGCAAAUGGAUCCACCUCUAUCCCAUUUACAGAUGUUGGUAAUAUCAGAAGUAAGCCUAAUGAUAAUUGCAGAGGAGACACUUUGGACAAAGGACCUGUCAAUGCUGCUAGUAUUCCUGGCGGAGUUGAUUCUUUCUUGGAUCUUUGGGAGGCAACUACAGAGUUCUUUUUUGAUAUUCAUUUUACUAAAAAAUCUGAUUUGAACUCAAUUGCUCCAUUUGAAAUACAUGGCAUGGCCAUUUGCUGGGAAAACUCUCCUGUGUAUUACUUGAAUAUUCAGAAGGACUUAUUCCUCUACAGCAGCCAUGGAAAUGAUCAAUCUACCGGCAGUAAGGAUGUUGUGCUAGAAAACCUCCGACUGGAAAUGGCCAACAAACGAUGGACUAGGAUUGGGAUGAUAGUCGGUAAAAAGGACAGUAAAAAGUUCACUUGGAACUUAAAAGUUCAAAUUCAGGUGCUUAAGAAUCCUGCUGUUGCUGUUAACAAAUAUAGCAGCUUGCAUGGUGGAAUCAAAAGCUUGGGCAUGGAUCUUAUUGAAAAUUCUUAUUUCAUGUUAUCUCCUGUUCAUGUGAGGUCUGCAAUUGAUAUAUGCAUUGUAGCAUGGAUCCUUUCGCCCGAUGAGGAAAGAAGUUCUUAUCCUAAUCUGGAAAAGGAAGUGAAAAGGAGGUUGACUAGUGAUGCUGCUGCAUCGGCCCACCGGAGUGGUAGAUGGAAGGAUCAGACACGAAGAGCUGCCCAUAAUGGUUGCUGCCGCAGAGUUUCACAAACUCGAGCUUUGUUUUCUGUCCUAUGGAAAUUACUUGAAUCUGAAGAACUCGUAGAACCACUUACGACAGUUGAAAUUCAAUUGGUGAAUGUGCUUGCUGAUAUGGAGAUCUGGGGAAUAGGUGUUGACAUGGAAGGAUGCCUUAGAGCGCGACAUAUCCUAGGAAGAAAACUCAAGUGUCUUCAGAAAGAAGCUUACACGUUAGCUGGCAAGAAAUUUUCACUAUCAAUGCCUGCAGACAUAGCCAAUAUCCUAUUUGAACACUUGAAGCUGCCAAUGCCAGAAGGAACUAGUGGGAAACAACACCCCAGCACUGACAAACACUGCCUGGAUAUGCUCAGAAAUGAGCACCCUAUCGUCCCAGUAAUUAAGGAGCAUCGGUCACUGGCCAAACUCAUGAAUUCCACUUUGGGAUCAAUAUGUUCUCUAGCCAGACUGUCUAUGAGGACCCAAAAAUAUACUCUGCAUGGUCAUUGGCUCCAGACAUCAACAGCUACUGGUCGGCUUUCCAUGGAAGAGCCUAACCUCCAGUGUGUUGAGCAUUUGGUUGAGUUCAAAACGAAUGAAGAUGAUGAGGAAUUAGGUAAUGGUCACUAUAAGAUCAAUGCACGUGAUUUCUUCAUCCCUACUCAGGAUGAUUGGUUGCUGCUAACUGCAGAUUAUUCUCAGAUAGAGCUGAGACUUAUGGCUCAUUUCUCAAAAGAUAAUUCCUUAAUUAAGCUCCUGACCAGUCCCCAGGGUGAUGUUUUUACGAUGAUUGCGGCGAAAUGGAGUGAGAAACAUGAGUCCAAUGUCAGCUCUCAAGAGAGAGAUCAAACAAAGAGACUGGUUUAUGGAAUUUUGUAUGGGAUGGGACCUAACACUCUGGCCGAGCAAUUGGACUGCAGUCCAGAUGAAGCCUCAGAAAGAAUUCAAAAUUUUAAGAAAUCAUUCCCUGGUGUUGCUUCCUGGCUUCAGGAAGCAGUUACAUCAUGCCAUAAGAAAGGUUAUGUGGAGACAUUAAAGGGACGAAAGCGUUUCUUAGCAAAAAUUAAAUUUGGGAACAGUAAGGAGAAAUCGAAAGCUCAGAGACAAGCUGUGAAUUCAAUUUGUCAGGGAUCUGCUGCUGACAUAAUAAAAAUCGCAAUGAUAUGCUUGCACAAUAUGAUUGGCGAGGAUUCCGAGGCAUCUUGUCCUACUUUCAUAGAUAUGGAAAAAUUUCAGAAUCUUAAAGGUCGCUGUCGGAUCCUUCUACAGGUACAUGAUGAACUUGUUCUGGAAUCGGAUCCUUUGGUUGUAAAAGAAGCUGGGUUGUUGCUGCAAACAUGCAUGGAAAGAUGUGUAUCACUUCUUGUUCCUUUGCCUGUCAAAUUGAAAGUUGGAAAAACAUGGGGAUCUUUGGAACCUUUUGACCCUAAUUCUUAA